AUGACCUGCUGUGGCUGUUCAGGAGGCUGUGGCUCCAGCUGUGGGGGCUGUGGCUCCAGCUGUUGCAAACCUGUGUGCUGCUGUAAGCCUGUGUGCUGUUGUGUUCCUGUCUGUUCCUGCUCCAGCUGUGGAGGCUGUGGCUCCAGCUGUGGUGGAUGUGGCAGCUGUGGCUCCAGCUGUGGGGGCUGUGGCUCCAGCUGUUGCAAGCCUGUGUGCUGCUGUGUGCCUGUCUGUUCCUGCUCCAGCUGUGGAGGCUGCAAGCCCUGCUGCUGCCAGUCCAGCUGCUGCAAACCCUGCUGCUCUUCAGGCUGUGGGUCUUCCUGCUGUCAGUCCAGCUGCUGCAAGCCCUGCUGCUGCCAGUCCAGCUGCUGCAAACCCUGCUGCUCUUCAGGCUGUGGGUCUUCCUGCUGUCAAUCUAGCUGCUGCAAGCCCUGCUGCUGCCAGUCCAGCUGUUGCAAGCCCUGCUGUUGUCAGUCCAGCUGCUGCAAGCCCUGCUGCUGUCAGUCCAGCUGCUGCAAGCCCUGCUGCUGUCAGUCCAGCUGCUGCAGGCCCUGCUGUUCAUCAGCCUGCGGGUCUUCCUGCUGUCAGGACAGCUGCUGA